CCCAGCAUCAGGACGGCAACGAAGCGCUCGGAAGUGCGCUCGCGGCUCUGAUUCUCGUACGGCGCCCUUGACUGCCACCGCGACCCAAAAGAGAUACAAGCGGAGUCGAGCUUGACUCGCCAGUUGAUGCCACAUCUACCGUUCUCGUCUUGGCAAAGACUGCCCCUCUGCCGUGACCCAGACGCAACCGUCGCAAGGAGCCAUGCCCCGAAGGACCCGGUGACUGCCCAGCUUACAGUUUUCCGGGGAGAGCCCGCCACUCAACGCCGCCAGACUCCUGUCGUAGAGACGCCCUAGCAGCAAUGGCGCAGCCCUUCGAUCCUGGGGCCGUGCCCGCGCUUCCUCGGAUGCCCCUGACCCCCAUGCCGCGACCGCAAGUCAGCAUCGAACGGCUUCCUACCCGCCGACUCAGUAAUGAACCACGGGAGUCGAUGAACUGCAAGUCAUGUCGGAAGCGUAAGAUCAAGUGCAACCGUCUCCGUCCGGCCUGUGAGGCAUGUCAGGUCUUUCAGUGUCCCUGCAUUUAUGACGCUGUCCCGAAGAAGAGGGGCCCGAAAACGGACGUUUUGGAAGCGCUCCUCAAGAGGGUCGACGGGCUCGAGGCUCGGCUGAAGGAAAAGAAGACCGAGUCAGACGCCCCGGGCUCCGACAGUGCUGUCGACAGUGCACCCGACGCUUCUAGUUCCACUCAUCCAGACUCAAGUUCUAUCGCCGGUGCAAAGGCCGAGCCCACUCAGGAAUCCCAGGAUUCGGCAGUGCCUCCCCGUCCCCAACGGAGUGAGCCGGCCCACGAAAUCCCUCCCGACGCCUUGCUGGAUAUCUAUUUCGCCCGCUUUCACGACAAGCCGUUCCACGUAUUCGAUGAGUCCACCUUGCGGCAAAGGCUGCAGCUCAACCAAGUGCCCAGCUACUUGGUCUUCGCCAUCUAUGCCGUGGCCGCGCGGUAUGCGCCUCAUCCGAGCGGCUACCAAGCCGCGGUGAAACUCAGCGAGGAGUACGCGGCCAAGGCUAGGCUGGCAGUCGACACGGACGAGCCUUCUGUUGAUGCCUUGCAGACGCUGGUGCUGUUGGUGACGGCCUUCACAGCGUCCGGGAAGGGCAAGAAAGCAUACAUGUUGCUAACGACCGCUGUCGGGAUGGCCAUGGCUCUCGAGCUGCACCGGGAGAUGGAUUUCAAUGCCCGCGUCACCCCGACCGAACGAGAAACGCGGCGAAAAUUGUUCUGGACCUGUUAUCUGCUCGACCGGUUUCUGUCAUGCGGCUCGAAACGUCCUGCCCUCAUCUCGGACAGGGCGAUCCUUUUACGGCUCCCCUGCUGGUUUCCAAGCCCCGGUUCGCUACCCGUCGAAGGCGAUUUCUUCCAGAGUUACACCACUCUGCAGCACCUUCAGGGCGGCGGAAAGAAGUCUCAAGGAAGCAGCGGGAUGCUGAUCGAUAUCUGUCGCAUCCUAGGCACGACCAAUCAGUACCUGGCCGCGGGCGGUGUCAAGGGCGACUCUCACUUCCCUUGGCACUCGCUGUCCAACCUAUCCAAGAUCCGCCAGGACCUGGACUUGUGGGCAUCGGGCACCCAAGACGCCUUCUCCAGCGUGGAGUCGCUCUUCGGCCAAGCAGAUUCCACGGUGCUCGUCCUCAGCAAGCUGAUCUACCACCUCAUCCACUGCCUCAUCUACCGCCCCUUUCUUCCGAUCGACCUGGCAGAGCUGGCAGGGUCUGGGCAGCACCAGUCGUGGCAGAUCGAAGCCACGAACAUGUGCUUCCUCCACGCCAACGCCAUCGCAGAGCUGGUCGAACUCGGCCGGCAGACGGCGUCGAUCGAGUGGCCAUCGUUCGUGGGCUACUGCAUCUGCACCGCCGGCACGGUCCAUAUCCACGGCGCGCAUUACAGCAGGGGCGGCAACGCCGGAGACGUCAGCGUCUUCAGCUCGUCGGCGGAUUUCUUGUCGCGCGAGAUGCAGCAGCUGAGCGAGCUCCGAUACGCGUGGGCGAGCGUGCAGCACCAGCGCGAGACGCUGCAGCAGAUCUACAACGCGCACUCGGAGCUCGUCAAGAGCCUCUCUCAGAGCCCCAUGCGGUACUCGCCGGUAUUCCAACUGGAGGAUUUCUUCGACCGGUAUUCGAACAUCGGCGGUCCGGGAGGGCAGAGCUUCAGCUUCGACGCUGCAAACCUGAGUCUUGCCGAUGUCGUUGUGGACUUCACCGCCGACACGUAUCCCGGCCAGGGGCUCUACGCGCCGCGCCUCAACGCAGCCGACCCCGGACCGGCUCGACCGAGCCUCAAGCGAAAGAACACGGCUCCGUCAGGCCGCCCGAGACCGGAGCUCAAGAGCCUCCUCUCGCUGAACACCAGCAACGGCAUGAAUCCGCCGCCAACUCCGUCAUUACCCACGCCGUCGGGCGUCAAUAAUCGGCCGCUGUUCUCGCCAGCGUCGCUGCCGCCCCAACAACCAUCACCGGGGAUCCUCCACACGCCCACCUCGCUCGCUUCCCCGCACGGGCUUGCCCAGCAAGACCGACAGAUGAGCAUCUCGCACGGUUCCAGGGCCGGGAACCACGGAGGCGCGAGCCCGGACGGGCUGGCCGGCUUCCCGCUCAGCAACGGCCAGGGCAACAACCACACCAGCGACAUGCCGCACGGGUUCGGCGGCGGCCUCAGCAACGGCGCCAGCGCGUUCAGCCCCUCCUUCAGCUUCGGCCAGCUGCCCGGCUCAACAACGCCGAGCGGCGGCGCCACGCCAGGGUUCGAUCCGAUGCUAGGCGGCAUGGCGACGAACGCGUUCUCGACGCCCACGCCGUGGCACGGCGGGGCAGCCGCCGCCGGCGGCGGCGGCGGCGACGCCGAGGGCGCAGCGAAUGGAAGGCCUGCUGCUGCUGCCGCCGCCGGCGGGUUGGACGACACCAGCCCGAACGAGAGCGCGGCGACGACGGGCCCCGGCGAGGAGAAGGAUCCGUUCCUCAGCCUGCUGGAGCAGCUGGCGGAGAACGAGUCGAUGAUGGGGGCCGGGCACGAGCUGGAUUUCUUUCUGAACGGGGCGCCGAGUACGGGGUGAUCAUGCGCCCGGGCGGGGUAAGGGGAGGGGGGGUUGUCAGUGGGGACGGAUGGUUCAACAGACGGUCCCUGGGUGUAUGCUGGGAAGAGGAAAUUUCC